GGCAAUUUGAUCGUAUUGCCAUGAACUCACCUCCUCCGAUCCGGCGGAGGGCGAAUUUGGUCUGUAUUCGUUGUCAUGAGAAGAAGAUCAAGUGUGAUGUUUCUAGCCAGAGACACGCCUGGGGUUGUACUCAAUGCGUGUAUGCUCAGGAGACCUGCAGAAUCCGCCCUUCGAGGCGCAAAGGUCAUCGGAAAAGGAGGAACAACGGAGAAGCCACGGACGUUGCAUUUGAUGCACAUGAUGCACGAUUCCACGGACGAUCAUUACAACUAGCUUCUGCUCAAGACAAGAAGGAUUCUCUGUCGCUUCUGCAAGAAACUCCGAUGCGUGAUGGAGAGACAUAUGACACUGAGCGCAACACCCAAACGUCGCCUACCUUACUUCCUCAGUCAAUGAAUAUCGACACCCCGGAGCAGGGCUAUCUGGGCCAAUCUGGUUUCAUGCCAAUCUUCAGCCAACGCGCCCAACCAAACCUGGUUCAUUCAGGCCCAGACGAUUCUGACGCCUCUUCUCUGUCCAUUGCACGCAUCCUUCGACAAAGCUAUGCAGAGACCUAUCUCGAAUUCUGUUUCCCGUGGUGCCCGAUCCUAGAAAAGCAGGAUCUGAUAUCUCAAAGUCCGUUUGCGGACUCAAUCCUGCUUCAACAGGCAUUGGCUCUUCUGGGAACCAUAAUCAAUCCUCCAAUGUUGCAACACGCUUCUCCGCAGACAUAUUACGAACGUAUGAAAACACUAUUCUAUAGCAACUACGAAAAGAAUUCCCUCGUUCGGAUCGUUGCAAUCACUCUAGUCUACUGGUGGAGCGCUGGACCACCAAAUUUGGUUAGUAUGGACAGCCAGUACUGGUGGAAUUCAGUUGCAGUCAGACUGGCUCAAGAGAUUGGAUUACAUCGCGAAGUUUCAGCUGGCCACGUCUUCAGACCUGGAGAGACGGCCAGCUUAAGAAGACUUGUUUGGUGGACUUUAUUCGCAAGAGAACGCAUGACUGCCAUAUGUCAAGGUCGCCCGUGUAUCAUACAUCCAGAAGAUUGCAAUGUCAGACUACCCACCAUUGAGGACUUCCCUGAAAACAGGAGCUCUCAAGCGAUACUCUUCACCAAUUGGGUCAAAGUAUGCGCUAUCGUUGGAGAUGUCUCAAAGUACUUGGUCAAUCGCAACGAAUCUACCGAUUUCCCAAUCGACCUUGCCCAACGACUAAUCGACUGGGUUCACGCACUGCCGGAUCAUCUUCAACUACCAUUUACUGCUUCCCAGAGUACUCAUUUCGAUCGACAUUUAUACCAACUUCAUCUUCCCUACCUGGCCGCAAUCACUUUGCUCUACAUGACACCAUCGGCCCAACCACUUCCGAAGGCAUACACGGCUGCUAUACUAUCUGCUUCAUGUGUAGCUCGCAUUUUCGAAGACUAUCUUGCCAGGGGACACAUUCGGUUUCUGCCGGGAGUGUCAGGAUGGUGCAUCAGCAUUGCCAUCCUUGCACUCCUUCAUGCUCGUCAAGUUGAUCGGUUGAAGGCCGGCGCAAGCGAGCAGAUUGAGAUUCUUUAUCUCGCGUUGAAAGAGACGUCAAAGCUUUGGCAUUCUUCAAAAAUGUUUCUGCUUGGGUUCGAAAAGCUUCUAAAUGGACCACAACCUCCAAAUAGUCGAGCUACCACAAGUGCGCCACUUGUGACCAGUGUUGGCUCUGAAGCAAUAGAUGACUUGGCCGGAGUUGAUGUUGUCAACUAUCUGGAUUUCUUCCCGACGGCAACAAUCGAGACGAGUCAGCUCUUCGAGAUACUUCUCACAGAAAAUCCUCCAAACAUAUUCAUGGGCGCAGCGUGGGCUAACGACUUGACCAUGCAGUUGCAUGACUUGUUCGAUCAGCCAUUUGAAGAUGUUAGUUUUGAUUCGUUAAUGCUAUGAAGAUUAUGGGAAGAAUUUUAUAGGCACAAUGACCCUCGCCGGCGUAAGCCCGUUCCUAACCUGUCAAGGCACCUUUGAAAUCUUCGAGGAACCUCCAGUAAACCUUCUGGCGUACCCCCUUGGCCUUCCACUCAUUUGCUUCAGCUGGAAAAAAGUCCAUCACGCCCUUGAUAGUACCAUCGUGAGCGUAGAUGAAUAGGACAUUGUCCUCGGCAUCUGCCUCUUGAACCUUCUUGAUGGUACGAAGAGCCUCGGGUAUGUCCAGCCCCAUGUUCGGAUCAAAGAAAGUCUGAGUUGGACCUCUCGCUCGAGAUUUCUGAACCUGCUCAAAAUCGGC